AUUCUGCAUCUGUUCAACCGACGCCAUACUCCAGCUAUGCAUCUGUUCAACCCACCCCAUAGCCCAUACUCCAGCUAUGCAUAUGUUCAAUCAACCCCAUACGUAAUACUCUUCACACCUACCUUCUACUAUUCACUUCUUCUUCUUUAAAAAGAAGUAUCACACUCAACACAAAAAUUUUACCCAGCUCAAGAAAUUUCAAACGGUAUGCUUCUCCCCUCAUCAAAUCAUUUUUCUGCAAUUCAUUUCAGACUCCUUAAUCAGCCAAACUUUGCAUUCUCUUUGCAGAAAUCAACCAACAGAAUUUGUAGAAAGGUUCUACUUUAAACUUCUUUAACUUCAGCUCUUACUUCAAUAUUUCAGCAUGAUUUAAACACUCAACUAGACUUUACAAACCAACAAAUGCAUAAGGAACAGCGGCGCUCCUCGUCGUUGAAGAAGAGGGAGAGGGUCGGAUCGAGUUGUGAGUCUGUAGGAGAGAGAGAGAGAGAGUCUAGGGCGGCGGCGUGAAGCCGCUGGUGUUUGUCUGGCAGAGUCGAGAGGUCGAGGGAGGCGGCGGCAACUCCGCCGCUGCCAGGGGAGGAGACGGCGCAGGGUGCGUCUGUGUGUGAGCGUGCUCUGUUUCCAGAGAGAAGAGGGUGACCGGCGGCGGCCGAUUUUGCUCCGUGUGAGUCGGUGUGUGUGUUAGUGAGAUCUGCAGCUCGUGUGUGUGUGUUUCAAUUGUUGUGUGUGCGUGUUUCAGUUUGAAGGAAGAGAGGGAAUGAGUCAACGCAAAGUUAAAAGUGAGAGGAAGGAAAUUUGCGCUAAUCAGAUUGGGCCUUGCUCUAUUUGGGGUUGGGCUGUUGUGAGUCUUGUAGGCUUUGAUGACCAGGAGUUAUGAGUAAAACUAUAGAUUUUGCUUAAUUAGGUAGGCUUACUUUUCAAAUGUAUGAUUGAGUUAUUAAGUUCUAAAUGUUUCAAUGACAUGUAAACUGUUUAUCCAAUAAAAUAUUUUGUGCAUUCUGCUCCGUUUAAGGCUCGCAAUUCAUGGAUCGAUCGAGGUUUUUUUUAUAACCUAACACUUUGUUUGAGAAUUGUGUACACUUCUUAGUUGUUUCGGUGGGUUGAUCUCCAUCGGACACUAAUUUAUAUAAGAGGCGUUAUAAGAGUGUUUGACGGGAUGUGUUUCGGAGCAUUGUGUCACAAAUGGGAAUUUGGCUGGGUUAGACCUUCAGUUCAAGUAAGUAGGAGUAAUGGAUCCGUCGGCGGCUAAAAGGUCCGGGAUCACAGCGAGUAACUGAUAGGAAGUGUGACAUGUGUGUGCAAAUGAAAUAAAUGUUUUAACAUGCUUAGAAGUUCUUUAUUUUAAAACCUUUUAAGUUAUGUCAAGUAUGAUUGGAUAAACUAUCUUUACGAAAAUAUGAAAUGUUUCAGAAAAUGCAUGCCCACUGAGUACAUUAGUAUUUAACCCAAAUAUUUUCAACUGUACUUUUCAGGUUGAUUGGCUAGUGCGCUGACGGGACUGAGUUGAGGCUAGGGUUCAUAUGAGAUUUGAAUGCCACCAUCAUCAUGAUGCUCCAAGUUACGGAGUUGAUCAAGAUCUCAACGAUGAUGAUGUCGCCCAUCAUCAUUAUCAUGAUAAAGUCAACCAUGAGAUUCAACCAUUUCAUAUUAUUGGAAGAGGAGUGCCGAAAAGCAACGACUCCACUCCAAGGAAACUCAGGUGGUUGCGCUCUCAAAUCAUCGGCGGCUCAGCUGAAUUCGAUACUCCUUUUGGGCGGCGCCAACUCACUUACGCCGAUCACACCGCUUCCGGUCGCUCCCUCCACUACAUCGAGAACUAUAUUACAACCAAAUUACUUCCCUUUUACGGCAACACGCACACGAGCGAUAGCCACGUGGGAUACCAUACGACGACAAUGGUGCACGAGGCGACGAACUACGUGAAGAGAUGCUUAGGCGGCGGCAAAGAAGACUCCAUAAUGUUCUGCGGGUCGGGCUCGACGGCGGCGAUCAAGCGCCUCCAAGAAGUGAUGGGAAUCACCGUUCCCUCAAUUCUAAGGGAGAGGGUUCUAAAAUGCAUAAGCAAGGAAGUGAGAUGGGUGGUUUUGGUAGGCCCCUAUGAGCACCAUUCCAACCUCCUCUCAUGGCGGCAGAGCCUGGCCGAAGUGGUGGAGAUCGGCCUCGACCACCGUGGACACAUCGACAUGGAGGCUCUACGGAAAAAACUUAGUUUCUACAGGAAUGAAAAACGAAAAAUUCUUGGCUCUUUCUCUGCUUGUAGCAACGUCACCGGAAUUAUCACUAACACCCGCGCCGUCGCCCGCCUCCUUCACCAAUACGGAGCGUUUGCAUGUUUCGACUUUGCUGCAUGUGGACCGUACACGAAGAUGGAGAUGAGAUCGUGCAAAACAGAUGGAUACGAUGCAAUAUUUUUGAGCCCACAUAAGUUUGUGGGAGGUCCAGGUACACCGGGGAUACUACUGAUGAGCAACAUCCUUUACCAGCUUGGUUCAUCAGCUCCAUCAACUUGUGGAGGUGGAACUGUUGAUUAUGUUAAUGAUUUAGAUGAAAAGGACACCAUAUAUUUAGAUGAUAUAGAAGAAAGAGAAGACGCAGGAACUCCACAAAACAUCCAGAAAGUAAGAGCCGGCUUAGCUUUUUGGAUCAAAGAAUACAUAGGUUACAAUGCCAUUGACAAACUAGAGAAGAGCUACAUACAAAGAGCUCUGCAACGAUUCACUCCCAAUCCCAAUAUUUUGAUAUUAGGUAACGGCGAUGUGAAGAGACAAUCCAUCUUGUCUUUCCUCAUAUACUCGUCUUCACGAAACAACACUAGAGGAAAGCCGCUCAAUGGCUCCUUCGUCGCCAAACUUCUCAACGACCUCUUCGGCAUUCAGGCCCGUGGGGGCUGCGCUUGUGCCGCCCCUUACGGCCACCGCCUACUUAAUCUCAACGACCACCACUCGCUUGCCUUGAGAUCCUUCAUCAAACAGGGAUAUGGUGGAGUAAAGCCUGGAUGGACAAGAGUGAGCUUCCCAUACUACAUGGCGCAGGAAGAAGUGGAAUUCAUUCUAGCAUCCAUCGAAUUCAUAGCUAUAUAUGGCCAGAGAUUUCUGAGUUUAUACCAUUUCAGCUGGAAAAAGGGAUCUUGGACUUUUAUGAAAAACAUUAACUCACACAAUGAUCAGUACGGCUUAUCUUUACCAACUAGGAUCAAGCCAUUCAACAUGAAACAAAAUGUGGCCUUGAGAUACACGAAUUAUCUGGAAACUGCAAAGCGCAUUGCCACCCUUUUACCCAAAUUUCCACACCACAGAGAAACUCCACAAGAUAUAGAUGUUGAUCUUGUGCCUUUUCGAGUUUAAUUUGUACAUAUUAUUGUUAUGCAUGCUUACAUAGAAUGGUUAGGCUAGCAUUAGUAAUUAUUAUUGAUAUACUUAUAUUACUUGAAAAUAGUUUAUAUUUUAUAUUUUAAAUAAAAUUUUAUUUUAGCCAA